GCUCCCUUGUUCUCGCCGGGGCCGCUCAGACCUGCAGCGGAGCCGCGGCGCCCGCUCCAUCCGCUCAGGGCUGCGCCCGGGGAGCUGGCGGCGGGAGCGGGCGGGGGUGCUCUCGGCCGUCCUGGGCCCCUCGGCCGUGCCAGGUGCAGAUCCAUGGGGUAGCCCCACCAUACCUGCCUCUCUACCCCAGCCAGCUCAUGGGCCACCAGAUCCAGCCCAGCCUCAGCACCUAGGGCCAGUGAAAGAGCCCUGGCUGGAAUCCAAAGAUGUGGGGCCUCAUGAGGCUCCUGCUGGCUUGGCUGGGUGGCUGGGGCUUCAUGGGGCGUCUGGCAGCCCCAGUCCAGGCCUGGGCAGGGUUCCGGGGGCGCCCAGGCCCUACGCUGCUGCGGACCCGAAGGAGCUGGGUCUGGAACCAGUUCUUUGUCAUUGAGGAAUAUGCUGGUCCAGAGCCCGUCCUUAUUGGCAAGCUGCACUCAGAUGUUGACCGGGGUGAGGGCCGCACCAAGUACCUGCUGACCGGGGAGGGGGCAGGCACUGUAUUUGUGAUUGACGAGGCCACAGGCAAUAUCCAUGUGACCAAGAGCCUAGACCGUGAGGAGAAGGCACAAUAUGUGCUCCUGGCUCAAGCUGUGGACCGAGCUUCCAACCGGCCUCUGGAGCCCCCAUCAGAGUUUAUCAUCAAAGUGCAAGACAUCAACGACAAUCCACCUGUGUUCCCCCUUGGGCCUUACCAUGCCACAGUGCCCGAGAUGUCUAACGUCGGGACAUCUGUGAUUCAGGUGACUGCUCAUGAUGCUGAUGACCCCAGCUAUGGGAACAGCGCAAAGCUGGUGUACACUGUGCUGGAUGGACUGCCUUUCUUCUCUGUGGACCCCCAGACUGGAGUGGUAAGAACAGCUAUCCCCAACAUGGACCGGGAGACCCAGGAGGAGUUCUUGGUGGUGAUCCAGGCCAAGGACAUGGGCGGCCACAUGGGGGGGCUGUCGGGCAGCACUACAGUGACAGUCACCCUCAGCGAUGUCAACGACAACCCCCCAAAGUUCCCUCAGAGCUUGUACCAGUUCUCUGUGGUGGAGACAGCUGGGCCUGGCACCCUGGUGGGUCGGCUCCAGGCCCAGGACCCAGACCUGGGGGACAAUGCCCUCAUGGCAUACAGCAUCCUGGAUGGGGAAGGGUCAGAGGCCUUCAGCAUCAGCACAGACUCCCAGGGUCAAGAUGGGCUCCUCACUGUCCGGAAGCCCCUAGACUUUGAGACGCGUCGUUCCUACUCCUUCCGUGUAGAAGCCACCAACACACUCAUUGACCCAGCCUACCUUCGGCGAGGCCCCUUCAAGGAUGUAGCCUCUGUGCGUGUGACUGUUCAGGAUGCCCCAGAGCCACCUGCCUUCACUCAGGCCACCUACCACCUGGUGGUGCCAGAGAACAAAGCUCCUGGGACCCUAGUGGGCCAGAUCUCAGCCAUUGACCUGGACUCCCCUGCUAGCCCAAUCAGAUACUCCAUCCUCCCUCACUCAGAUCCAGAGCGUUGCUUCUCCAUCGAGCCCGAAGAUGGCACCAUCCGAACAGCAGUGUCCCUUGACCGUGAGGCUCAUGUGUGGCACAAUCUCACCGUGCUGGCCACAGAGCUGGACAGCUCCGCACAGGCCUCCCGUGUGCAAGUGGCCAUCCAGACCCUGGAUGAGAAUGACAACGCGCCCCAGCUAGCUGAGCCUUAUGACACCUUUGUGUGUGAUUCUGCAGCUCCUGGACAGUUGAUUCAGGUCAUCCGGGCUCUGGACAGAGAUGAAGCUGGCAACAGUAGCCGAGUCUCCCUUCAAGGUCCUGUGGGUCCUGACACUAACUUCACAGUCCGGGACAACCGAGAUGGCUCUGCCAGCCUGCUGCUGCCCCCCCGCCCUGCUCCACCUCGCCCGGCCCCCUACCUUGUACCCAUAGAACUGUGGGACUGGGGGCAUCCAGCCCUCAGCAGCACUGCCACAGUGACUGUCAGCGUGUGCCGCUGCCGGCCUGAUGGAUCUGUAGCAUCCUGCCGGCCUGAAGCCCAGCUCUCACCCACCGGUCUCAGUACUGGUGCCCUGCUUGCCAUUGUCACCUGUGUGGGCACCCUGCUUGCCCUGGUGGUGCUGUUUGUGGCCCUGCGGCGGCAGAAGCAGGAGGCACUGAUGGUACUGGAGGAAGAGGAUGUACGAGAGAACAUCAUCACUUAUGAUGAUGAGGGCGGCGGCGAAGAGGACACUGAAGCCUUUGAUAUUACAGCCCUGCAGAACCCAGAUGGGGCUGCCCCACCACCUCCUGGCCCACCAGUGCGCCGUGAUGUGCUGCCCAGGGCCCGGGCACCACGCCAGCCCAGGCCACCCGGCCCUGCCGAUGUAGCCCAGCUCCUGGCUCUACGGCUGCAUGAGGCAGAUGAGGACCCCAGUGUGCCCCCCUACGACUCUGUGCAGGUGUACGGCUAUGAGGGCCGAGGCUCCUCCUGCGGCUCGCUCAGCUCCCUGGGCUCUGGCAGUGAGGCUGGUGGGGCCCCAGGACCUGUGGAGCCGCUGGAUGACUGGGGCCCACUCUUCCGCACCCUGGCUGAGCUCUAUGGGGCCAAAGAGCCCCCGGCCCCCUGAGUGCUGGCCCUGGCCCUGCCCUCUGCAGUGGGGCAGCUGGCCCAGGCCUUCUGAGUAAGCCCCACAGGGUCCAGGAAAUCGGUGGCAACCUAGGGGCCCAAGGCCUCCUCCUGGCCCCUGUGUCCUUCCUUCCCCUGGGCACCCUUGCUCUUAUCCCCACUCCUAAGUCGGUCUGUGUGUCUCUCCAGGGAUUUCUGUCUGUCUGUGACACUCUCCCUUCUGUCCAGGUCUGGGUUUUGGGACUCUGACCUUGAACCUCUCUGUUCUGUCACUGUGACUCUCUGUGACUGUUUUUGUCUCUAUGAUUCUAAACUUCUCACACUCUGUCUCCCCUGCCCACACACAUGCUCCAUGUCUGUUUCCCGCCUCCGUCUCCCCUCUUUGGGUCCCUGUGACUGCUUUUUAGUUUUAUUCUGUUGUCCACUCCAUCCCCAACGCAAGAGAAACUUCCAGCCACUGCUGCCCACCCUCCUGCAGGGGACGCUCUGCCCCAGACCUGCCCGCAUGGUUCCAUCCAUCACUCAUGGCCUCAUCCUGGCUCCACUGGCCCCCAGCAGAAGGAAGGAGCCAGCCCACCUCCCAGGGCUAGAGCUCCAGCCCCCACGUGGCCGCCUCCCUGGAGCUCUGCCCAGCUGUCAGCCUGCCCUGGGCAUUCCAGCUCCAGGCAUUGUCUAGUGUGCUUCCCAGACCCCAGAGGGAAAAGGGGGAGGGAAAAAGGGAGGCAGCUGGGGAA